UGCAUUUUUUCCAGCUCUCUGCAUUCUGUGUCCAGAACUCUGUUUCAUGCAACUGACUCAUCUGUGGUUCAGGCCACUCACAGACCCACAAAAGAAAUGGACAUUCUGGAUUCUGUCUGAAAUACAGGAGUGCAGUGGAAGCUGAUAUGAUCAGACUGAAGAGUAUGCUGUAUCUAGCUAGGGCCCCAAAACUGCCUUAGCUAUCCUGUUUUCUCUGGCAUUAUCUUCAAUGCUGAAUGCCUCUGCAAUUGUCUGUAUGGCUAAUAUGCCCACAACAGAAUUCUGACAUUUGUUGAAGAUCUCCAGACCAUGACCUCCCUAGUCAGCACUUCUCACCUCCAACUAGCUGCUUUUGCUUUUGGUACAACAGGCUGGAUCUUAUGCAGUGUUUCAAUGGGACUUGUGGAAUGGAGAGUAUGGCAUGUGGACAACACCACCAUCAUCUCCUCUGGCAUUGCAUGGGUGGGAAUAUGGAAAGUUUGCUUCAUCAGUUAUCUCCACGUUUCCUCUGGCCUUAAAGAACAGAUCUGUCAUAAAAUGAAUGACUAUGAGACCUCCAUCCCCAAUGCAAUUUUUGUUGCUCAGGGCCUCCUGCUGAUUGCCAUGGUUGUUGGUGCACUGGGAAUGGCUUCCACUAUAUUUGCUCUGAGGAGUAUUUAUAUGGGAAUACUUUACAAAACUCAGAUCAUCCGUUUUUUUCUAGUGGCUGGAUUCUUGUACCUAGCUGCAGGUCUUUGUGUCUUAAUUCCAGUGAGCUGGAAUUUCUAUUCUGUAGUGCACAACCAAACAAUCUCCUUUCCCCCUUCUUUCUACAUGCCCUCCAGCCCAGUGACUCAGGAAGUUGGUGCUGCUAUUCCUGUUGGGAUCAUAUCUGCCAUCCUGCUGCUGCUGAGUGCGACGUUCUCUUUUUCUUACAGAUUUCCUGUCACCCCAAAUGCUGGGGUGUAAUCCUGAUAACAGAGACUUGAACUUUGUACCAGGCAGGUGGAGCAUAGUUAAAAUAUAAAUAUAAUGACCCAGGAACUGCAUGUUAAGGCCUUAUCUGGAUCUUAUUCUAACUUACAGUGGCAUUAAUAUUUGGGUAUUCAAACCAGAUGACUACCAGUAAAGGCCAUGGUUAGUAGUUUGGACAUAAAACAACUAUCCUAUUAAUUGUCAUACAUUAUCAGGGACUCACCGAUGAGACAAAUUGGUUGAUUCGUGCCACAGCUGCUGACUUCAAGCAUUUGUUAUCAUCUGCAUAUAUGGACUUUAUUCAUGUAUUAAAGUUUAGAAGAACAAACUGUUUAAAUGUUCAAGGAAUUGAUGUUGCCCCACUGAAUUAGGUCCUUCCAAUAUUAUGCACCUUGUGCAACUAUAUUUUCGAAAUGCGAACUUGUCUUUUUUUGCUCCCAAGAUAUUUUUGUCCUGCAUAGAAGACUUUCAGUGACAUAUCAAGAAUUCUAGUACGUACUGUAGUCAAACUCAACUUGAAUAUCAUUACAAUUGUAUUAUAUGAGUCUCCAUGUAUUGUACUAAAGAUGUCUUACUAGUUUCUCUUCUAUCUGUAGGAUGCCCUCUGAAGUUGAUUGUAUUUGACCCUAUAUUUAUUUGUAUGUCCUUACUUUGCUUGCUGCAAGUCUUUACCUGAAGGUAUGGUGUGUUAUCAGUUCCUCAUUCAAACAAAAGAUCCAGAAAGUCUGCAAACAUAUGCUUCUUGAUCAGAGACUGCAUUAAUUCAAAAAGGAAUGUGAAAGAGGGUAACAUCUUCGACCAGUGUCACUACUAGAAUAUUUCUUAAGUUGAAUCUGUUCUUUCUAUCAUCAGAAAUCCAUGCAUGAAACUUUUGGUGGCAGCCACUGUUUUAUAUGUUAAUUGGAUUUUUUAAAAUGUCCAAAGCACAGCAAUAAACCAGAGAAGCCCACAAAAAUCAGGGUUUCGGGGGAACAAUUGAGCAGUAGUGGUAAGAGACAUUUUAUUGAAUAAAGUCCCAUGAGGGGCCCUGAAUUUUCAAAUCUCUGUUACAAGAGUUCUAGGAAUAUAAAUGAACAUACAUGAAGAUUCAUUGCUUUAAUUACGAUGUGUUUUCUAAAAUACUCAUAUAAACGUUAACUGUACAAGAUGUAGAAUGCCAACAAACCAGUUCUGGCUGGCACUUUUUUGGUAAUUAGUUCUGCUGUUGCUUUUCAUUCCUAAUUUCUGAGGUUAAAAAAAAAAUGAAAAUUAUGAAAGCAAAGCCAAAUUCUUGCAAAACUUCUGGGGAGACAUGCAACCAUAUCCAUCUUCUCCCCCUGCAAAUCAACUCUACUUCCUCCUCCAUUCCUUUCAGGAUCCUGUUCAAAACUGCCUGAUUUGGCCAAUUCUGCCUCAGUUUUACCCAUGCAAACUCCAUUGAAAUCAUUAGGUUUGCAUGGGUAUGUGACAAGGGAAUUUGGUUCUUCAUUGACACACUGUGACUUCCCCUGGUCUAUCCCAUGAACCUGGCCUCCCUCUCCUACCUCUCUGUUUCCUCUGCUGCUAGAACCAGCUUUCUUGCUGGUUCUAAUUUACGGUCUUGCCACUGUUGCUAGAGAUCCUUUCCUCUGAAAGACCACUUUCAGUACAGUAGCUCCAAAGCUCAUCAACUUUCCCCCUUACUUUUUAAAUCUUCUCUGAAAUAGUAGCUUCUCUCUCUUGUGUCUAACUUGAAAUUUCUUUCACCUUCUGUAAUUAUUUAUUAUUUAAUACUAUAACUGUUUGUAACUGUAUACAACACUUUUGAAUACUGUUUAUGAAACCAAAAGAAUUAGAGGUGGAACAGACCUAUUAGCUAAUUUAUUCCAGCCUGCUGCUAGUGAAAGUUGGAUCUUCAUGAUACAUUUUGUAAUGCUUUGUCCAGUAUAGUUUUAAAUGUUCCAGAUAAUCAAGAUUCUAUCAGUUCUCCCGAUAUAUUAUACAUAAUAAAGUUUCCAUUUUACUUUCUUGUAUUUGUAGCAGAACAAGGUAGGGGUGUGUGUGUAUUUCACUAAAGUAAUAAAAUAUGAGCAUUUUCUGGCAAAACAUUUUUAAAGUUUUAAAUUUAAUAAAAAGAAGCAGCAGCACAGAUGUUGAUGAGUUUAUUUGGAGAUAAAAUGUGUGUAAUUCCAACUGUUUUCCUCGACCACAUUCACUGAACCAUUGGGUUGGGUUUUUAUUCAUUCUUCUUAGCUAAAACAAAAACAUGUAGAAAUUUGGGUAUAUGUUGGUACUGUUCCAUUCAGUGCUGAUGUCUGUUUGUUCACUGUGUCCUGAGGUGUGACUUUGAAGCACUGUUUGUAUGGAACUUCUGAGCUUUACAAGGUCUGAAUUGUAAAGUAAGCAGGACUGUGAUAAGGUGAGAGAGGCAGCCAACCUAACAGAAAUCUGUGUUAGGGGUUAGAGCACAGAUUUCAAAGACCGUUGCACUAGCUCCUUUGAUUAUCUGAAAGCUUUGGGUGGCUCCCAUUAUCUUUGGAUAAUUGGGGUUGUACUGUGUGCCUGUGUAUAUUCCUGAAACAGUAUUUAUUUCUUUAUACAUUUCUACAGCAUAUAAAUGCAUAUAUUGUUAUUUAUUAACCUGUCCCUCUGUGCAGUUCAAACUUAAUAUCCAACACCAAUAGCAAGACUAUCAAUGUGUAUUUAUGUACAUCAAAACAUAGGUCUGUAGUCAAAUACCAUAGAGUUUUAACACCCUGGAUGUCUCCCAAAACAGAAAUGAAAUUCUGGCCUCAUUGAUAUCAAUGGCAAAACUCCCAUUAACUUCAGUGGGACCAGGAUUUCAACCUAAAUUUUAUUGAAUGUUUUGCUUAUGAAGGUUAAGAUUCUGGCAUCCGGGAAAAUUGAUGCUCCUGUUUUUUUUUUUUUUUCCACAAAUGUGGUACAGUCCAUCAGCUUUAGUGCAGACUUCUCAUGCUACAGAGUAACAGCCGUGUUAGUCUGUAUCCGCAAAAAGAAGAA